CGGCGCACCGCACAGACGGCAGGUCUGCAGAGGAUGCGCCCGCGGGAGCUCUCGCCGCCCUGCCCCUGAGCGGGCCUCGGCAGUAGUGGGGCCGACGGCACGGCCACGACGCAAAGCAGCCCCAGGCCCCGGGGUUGCCCCUGCCGUGCGGCGGCGACGACCGCGUGCUCACCGCCCAGAGCUGCGGCAGGGGCCCGCGGAGGGCGCUCCCAGGGACAGCGUUGCGGUCGCGGCCGACGCCCGCCCCGUCCCGCGACCCGAGUCGGACCGGCCGCUCGCCGUCUGGCGUCUCGGGCCGCGGAGUGGAUGCGCGCCCGGUGAGCGCCGGCCCGGUGCCGCCCGCCAUGGCCGCUUGUUCCGGCCGGCUCUGGCUGCUGGGCCUGGCGCUGUGCGCGCUGAGCGGCGGCGGCCCCGGCCCGCGCCCCCCGCCUGGCUGCCCGCAGCGCCGCCUGGGCCCGCGCGAGCGGCGCGACAUGCAGCGCGAGAUCCUGGCGGUGCUCGGGCUGCCCGGGCGGCCCCGACCCCGCGCGCCCCCCGCCGCCGCCCGGCUGCCCGCGUCCGCCCCGCUCUUCAUGCUGGACCUCUACCACGCCAUGGCCGGCGACGGCGACGAGGACGGCGGGCCCCCCACGCGGAGCCUGGGCCGCGCCGACCUGGUCAUGAGCUUCGUCAACAUGGUGGAGCAUAACCGAGCCCUGGGCCACCAGGAACUCCACUGGAAGGAGUUCCGCUUUGACCUGACCCAGAUCCCAGUCGGGGAGGAGGUCACAGCUGCCGAGUUCCGGAUUUACAAGCUGCCCAGCACCCAUCUGCUCAACAGGACCCUCCACAUCAGCAUGUUCGAGGUGGUCAGGGAGCAGUCCAACAGGGAGUCUGACUUGUUCUUUUUGGAUCUUCAGACGCUCCGAGCUGAGGACGAGGGCUGGCUGGUGUUGGACGUGACAGCAGCCAGUGACCACUGGUCACUGAACCCUAACAAGGACCUGGGACUCCGCCUCUACGUGGAAACGGAGGAUGGGCGCAGCGUGGACCCUGGCCUGGCUGGUCUGCUGGGGCGACAAGCACCGCGCUCCAAACAGCCUUUCAUGGUCACCUUUUUCAGGGUGGGCCCCAGCCCCGUGCGAGCCCCUCGGGCGGCGAGGCCCCUGAAGAGGAGGCCGCCAAAGAAAACCAACGAGCUGCCGCACCCACACAAACUCCCCGGGAUCUUUGAUGACGUCCACGGCUCUGAUGGCCAGCACGUGUGCCGUCGGCACAAGCUCUAUGUCAGCUUCCAGGACCUCGGCUGGCUGGACUGGGUCAUCGCCCCCCAGGGCUACUCAGCCUAUUACUGUGAUGGGGAGUGCUCCUUCCCGCUGGACUCCUGCAUGAAUGCCACCAACCACGCCAUCCUGCAGUCCCUGGUGCACCUGAUGAAGCCAGACGCAGUCCCCAAGGCAUGCUGCGCACCCACCAAGCUGAGCGCCACCUCCGUGCUGUACUAUGACAGCAGCAACAACGUCAUCCUGCGCAAGCACCGCAACAUGGUGGUCAGGGCCUGUGGCUGCCACUGAGCCACCCUGGGCCACUGCAGUGCCGUGCCGGCACCCGGCCCCUCCGGAGGCCGGAAACCCUCAAGUGCCAUCAUAGCUGGGUGGGGCAGCAGGGAGGGCCCUCGCAUCCCUGUCCACAUCCCCUCCGUUUGUGGUGGACUGUCCCAACCAACCAUGGUGGGCCCGGCACACACAGGCCACCUCAGAGGACAGUCUACAAGUCAGCCACAAGUCCUAUCUUAGGAGCUGUCGUCGGCCAUUCCUGCCCUAGACUGGCCAACCCGGGGGAGUACAAGGAGCAGCCAGGGCAUGAGGCUGUCUGGGUGGACUCUGAAACCCUCACCACAGGAUUUGAUGUGGGAGCAGGGUCUGCCCCUGCCCAGGCACAGCGCCGGGCAUUUCCAGUGUAGAUAUGCACAUGCCUGGCUGCAGGGUAUUCCUGGGUUCCUCACUUGGCCCACUGAUAGUUAGCAGGUUAGGAAAAGAACAAGCUGCAUGGGCCUCAGGCUAAGGCUGAACUGAUGGGGACGUUAAUGGUAUGUGUCUUCCCUUGCCUGGGCCUGCCCUCCUCCUGACUGGGGAAGAGUGUGACCCCUGGAGAAGUAAAGGACUUUGGGGACUUCAGUUCCCUCCACCGCCUCUAUGUGGGGCUCAGCAUGAGACAGUUAACUCUUAGCAGAAGGACAAGGGCUAUAGUGGGUGUCAGGCCUGCAAACAACAGUCCAGACAAGUCCCCUUUUUGAUUCAGGCUUCACUGUCCCUGUACCCUUGCUCAUGGCCACCCUGGGGACUUCCUCCAUGGAAUCUGGACAAGGCCUCAAGACCCUUAGCACAUAAACCCAGACAGCCACCAGCCACUCAGUUGAAAUGAACUCGGUUUCCCCCUCCUCCAUGCUAAGAAGCAAUCCACUCCACCCAGAGCAUGAUGCCUGGGCCACCUCUGGCCAGGCGUGGGGCAAUGGUGCACACUGCCAGUAUCUGUUAGAACAGAGGAGUUAAGAACAGGCUGCUGCUCACCAGCCUGUGUCACCCCAUGUGCCCAGGAACCCUGUCCUGUUUUUCAGAGCCUGUGAGUCAAAGAAAAGGCCCCUGUCCCAGUGGAGUGACAGGCAGUAAUUAGGCUGACCUGGGUGGGGGGCCCCGGAAACCACUGUCCUCCUUGGAGCAGCCACCGCCGGUAGCUGGAGUGUUUAUUUGAUUUGACUUGCUAAGCCUGUAAUUAACCUGCUGAGGCAGACACGGUCCAGCUGCCUGAACCCUGAAAUACUGUGUCAUUAAAAGCAGAUGCUGGUCCAGCCUCAACCCAUGGGCACAGCCCAGCUGAGGUGGAGCAACAUGUGCCUGAGGAUUCACAUCUCUGGAAUUCACUCUGCUCCUUGAGGAGGGGUCCCAGGAGAGCAGGUCUGGCAGCAGCAGGCAGGGGGAGAGGCUGGGGCCUCACUGUGGGACAGCAGCCCCUCCCCACGUACAGAGGGCAGGCGGGCCCUGUCUGGAAAGUGGCAUGUUUCCCAUUGCCUGGGGCUUUGAGCUCCGGUUGGCAGGGAUUGAGCCAGGCAGUGGCUGGCAUGCCAGGAGACCCCCUUAUUAUUCUCAUUCCAGCUCAGUCACUGACCUACUUGGUGUCCAGAAAAGUCCCCUUCUUGAUUCAGGCUUCAGUUUCCCAUUUGUGCCAUGAAGACACAAAACCCCAUCUCUAAAGGCCCUUUCAGACAGAGAAUCUGCUUGCCCCCUGCCCCUCUCCUCUCUCACAGCCCAGACGCAGCCCACAUGCCCAGCGGCCACAGGACUGCAACCUGCCAUUCCAGGCCAUUCACUUAACAGCUCUCUCCUCCCAGGAACUACAGCAGUAGAGACUUGGCAACUCUUGAAAAAUGUCAAUGUUUGGUCUCUUCAAUGACUAGCACCUUACCCAACAUGCUCUGGGGGUACAGGAAGCUUGUGAAACGAAUGUUUUGCAGAUGCAGACUGCCUUGCCCACCAGGUGUGCUGGGCAGGAACAUGCAUCGUGGUAUGACUCCCUUUCCCUGCAGUAAAGCCAGAAGUUCGGCAAUCACGGCCUUUCUGACAGACUUCAAGCGCCUUCAGCCAUCCAGAGCACCACCAAAUGAAAUCAAAUAGAUUUCCUUCUUUCGGAGAAGGGAGAGAAUUACGGACACAAAGUUGCUGAGGGGGCAGUGUUCGGUUACCAAAGCCAUCUUGUUUAUCUGGUUGCCACUGUCAGCCCAGGGAACACAAGGCCCCACACUAGGAGCAUAAAUACGGGUGGUCACAGCAGGCCUGCGGCCCUCCAGGGUGAGGCCUUGCCACCCCACAUCUUCACAACUGCUACCCAGCUCAGGCCCCCAAUGAGCGCAUCAGGCAAAGCCUGUUCCUUUGUGUCCCAAGGCAGGGAAGUGGGCAACAUGCUUCAGGAAAUUCCCAACAAUUUCACAAGAGAAGAGGCUGUGCACGGGAGGUGGGUUUUGGAGUCAGGGAACCUAGCACCAAAUGCUGGCUCUGCCUCUUGUGAAUCCGACCAUACUGCGUGACCUCUGACGUAGAAGCCCUGCCCCUAUGGAUGAGGUGUUGCUUCUGCUCUUGGAAGGCCAUCUUGGGGACCAGGUCUGUCCGCAGAGCACUCAGCUCCAUGCCUGCCAAUGUGUGCUGAAUGAGUAGCAUCUAUUAGGGAUCCUAUUUUAAAUGAAAUGUGCAACUUUGGGCCUCCCCAUGUGCCUUCCUGUUGAAACUACUCCUCCAGGAUGUGCCCAGGAGGCAUUACUGUAUUCCUUCAAAGCUGUGCUUUUCCCCCAAAUCUAAGCUUGGUAAUGCUGGGAUGAGGCACGGACUUCCGCCAUCCUCUGCCUGUGGGAGGAGCCAGCAGUGACCUGCAGUGGCCGGCCUGGGCCUCUGCUGAGGACAUGGCAGCAUUUCGCCCCCACCCCCUCCAGAGGUCCUGCCUGCUUCACAGGAAGCUGAAGGGAGAAACCUGGGUUUCUCUUCUUACUGGGAAGCCUUGAGCAAGCAUUUGGCUCCCUUUCUAAAAAAUAUUUCCCUCACUUAAGAAAAUAUGACACAUGUGCCAGGGAAAUUCUUGAAAAUAAAAAACAAAAUAUAAACACAGAUAAUCCCACCACACAGAGACAGCUAUUCCAGUCUUUUUCCUUGGCACAUACAUAUUUGUCUUUACAUAUAUAUAUAAUAUAUGGAUAUUUUACAAAGUUAGAAUCAUACCUCACAUACUGCUUGGUGAUGUGAUUUAAUCUAUGAUAUAUUUUGAAAAUCUGUUAUGAAAUAUCCCAUGAAAACAUAA